CUGAGAAUCCUCGUUCAUAUCCCAGUCAACGGACAGCAGAAGCAGGAAACGGAUCCGUCGCAAGCCAGCACCGAGGACUCCGCGGGACCGCGGCCAACGGCGUUGCACUUGCUCGCCGUCGACGGGACGCCGCCCCCAUCUUUCGCCGCGAGCGCCCGCGCGGGGCAACACAAGGUAUAUGGAGUAUGACAUGCUGGAGCACAUACUUGAGGGAAAGGAGAAACCAACGAAUCUAUCAUUUGCACUUCUGAAGAAAAUCACAGAUGAUUUCUCAGAAGAGCGGGAAAUUGGCCAGGGUGGAUUCGGAACCGUCUAUAAGGGUGUCCUACGAAACAGAAAUGUUGCAGUGAAGAGGAUCAUGAACAACUACACGAUCGAUGAGAAGCUAUUUUAUCGCGAGGUUGACAGUCUUUUGAAGGUUAACCAUAAAAAUGUAGUCCGGUUUCUUGGCUUCUGCGCUAAUACUGAGCAAGCAGUUAUAAAAAUUGAAGGUAAAAAAGAAUAUAUUUAUGCCGAAAUAAGAGAAAGAUUGCUCUGUUUCGAGUAUGUCAGCAACGGGAACCUACAAAAUUAUAUUACCGAUGAAUUAAGAGGACUUGAGUGGAAUGUACGUUUUCAGAUCAUCAAAGACAUUUGUGAGGGUUUGUUUCAUCUGCACAUGGAAAACCAUAUUAUUCAUAUGGAUCUGAAGCCUGCCAAUAUACUGCUAGAUCAUCAUAUGGUCCCAAAGGUGACAGACUUUGGUCUAUCAAGACUUGAUGAGAACUCACAAACCAUGUGUACGAACCGUUUUUUAUCACUCGGAUAUUGUGCUCCGGAAUACCUACAUGGUGGCAGGAUGUCUGUGAAAUCAGACAUAUACAGUUUGGGUGUAAUAAUCAUCGAACUGGUAACGGGACAUAAGAGUAUCCCUGAUAACAAUAAUGUCCAUCGUGAUACAUGUUUGGAUUGGGUUGGUUGUCGGCCUAUUUUUCAUGCUUGAGCUGGAUCUGGAAAUAGGCACAUCGGUUUCAUACGGGAGAGAGGCUCAGUCAAUCUUACUCAACUAAGGCAUCUAUGCUGAAUAGCGACCUCUUAGGACAUCUUACCCAGUUUACGAGAUAAGGUGAGUUGCACCUGACAACCAAGAACGAACAAAGCGUGAGAUCAAACGGUCCAAGAGCAUAGGUGCGUGAGAGGUUUCAUUGAAUGCACAAUUUUAAUGUCAUAAUUUUCUCUCUCUCUCUCUCUCUCUCUCUCUCUUCCACAUCAUCCUGACAAAGCGUGUGUCUGUGAUGCGGAGCCGCGGAGAAGAGGGCAGCGAGGCUAUCCACGACAUGGGCCUCAUCUUGCGUAGGUCGAAGGAGGUGCAGCUCCAAUCCAGGUGGCUCACGCAUGCGGAUGGCAUGCUUUGGCUCUACACGGUAGUCAGAAGAUGGAGGCACAGAUGGAAAAAAUCAGGGAAUGAAAUGCCAUUAGGUUACCAACAAGUAACUAAAUGCAUCGAAAUAGGGCUGCGCUGCUAGGAAAAUGACCCCUACAGACGACCUUUCAUUAGUGAUAUAUUAUGCGAUUUCACGAACAUGGAAGGUACAAAUGAGCAAUUCAGCAGCAACAAUGGGUCUACAAUUGAUGAGAUGAGCGCUUACUUGGAGGAUGAUAUGCUUGGAAUUGAGCCACUCGAACUACAUUUUCCUUUUGACCUGAACAAGCAGAUGGCAUGCACAUUACAGUUAACCAACGAAACAGAUGGUUGUAUAGCCUUCAAUAUCCAAACAACGUCCCCCCUGCCAUAUCGCGUACAUCCAACCAGAGACAUCGUGCCACCGAGAUCCAAGUGUAGUAUCGACAUAACAUUGCAAUUACAUAAGAAGGCACCAUGGCAUGCCGGCGGGUUAAUUGUUCGGAGCACUAAAGUGAGUGAUGGUCUUGCAGCUCGGGAUAUAACUACAGACAUGUUCGAUAAAGAGGCAGGAAACUUGGUUGAUGAGGUGAGUUUGGAUGUUGUUUUUGACAGACAGCUACAAGCCUCACACUUAUCUGAAGUACCAAAGCAUACAUCACUUGCACCAGUAGCAGUUUUGGGUACGAAUGAUCCGAGGAAUCGAGGGGCAUCUAGUGUGCCACGGAUAUCUGCACACACAGGGUCAGAAGGGACAGUCUCUGAGGUAAUUCCUGCAGGCUCCAGCAAGCUUCUUGACAUCCACCCGCCUGAGCUUUGGUUCACCUUCGAACCCAACAAGUUGAUCCCCUGCUCACUGUACCUAACAAACAACACAGAUGAAUAUGUGCCGUUUAAGCUUAUGGAGAAGAGCAUGCUCAUGCACAAAAGGAGGCUCUUUCUAAGUCUACCACUCUAUGGCAUUGUCCCCCCGGGCUCCGCCUACAUUCUCGUUGUGACAACGGAUAAAAGGGAAAACCUACCAGAAGAAAGGGACGUCGAUUUUGUCCUUCAGAACAGUGUAGGUGAUGAGCGCCUCAAGCCCUUCAGAAACCAAUAUGAUUGUGACCAAUAUUUUGAGAAAGCAACAAAGUCGGGGAAUAUGGUGCAUAAUGUGAUACUGAAAGUUGUUUAUGCACCCGAAGGAAAGAUGGCAUGUGAGGGAAUUCCACCUUUACUUAAGAUGACAUUCGUGGAGAAAACCCAUGCAGCAUUGUGUUCCCUGGAUGCAAACCAGACAGAGCCAUGGAUUAUAACUGGUCAUUACGACGGACGUGUUGGUUUAUGGGACUAUGACACACAGAAAUUUCUUGCUUUGGAUAAAGUCACAGGAUCAUCAGGUUGUCUUGUUAAAUUUAUUGAACGGCGUCAAUGGUUUCUGGCUGGGUCAUAUCACGAAGGAUUUAUCCAUGUGUACAACUAUGAAACAGAAGUGCAGGAAGUCAAUAGUUUCCGUGCUCAUGAUAGAUUUCUUGAAUCGAUGGCCAUUCAUCCUACGCAGCCUUAUGUGCUGUCAUCAUCUGAUACACAAAUAAAGCUUUGGGACUGGGACAAGGAUUGGGAGUGCAGACGAACGUUUAUGGAACACUCCCAUACUGUAAAACAGGUUGCAUUUAACCCAUGGAACACCAACAGUUUUGCUAGUGCUUCAAGAGAUCACACAGCAAAGGUUUGGAGCCUUGAUUCUUCCAGGUCUAUGUAUACUCUGUCCGGGCAUUUGGACGAAGUGAACUGCCUAGAUUUCUUCACGCGUGAUAAUCAGCAGUAUUUGAUUACUGGCUCUGAGGAUAUGACUGCCAAGAUAUGGGACCUGCGGAAAGAGAUGUGUAUUGAGACACUAAAAGGUUUCAUGUUUCCAGUUGUCUCUAUUGUUUCCCAUCCCAGACUUCCACUUGUAAUUAUAGGUACAAGAAACGGCAUCGUUCAUUUGUGGAGCUUGACUAAUUUCAGGGUUGAGAGAAUUCUUCACAUUGGUUGUCAUCAAGGUGUCCGUGGUCUCGCCGCUUUGAUGGGGUCAAGAAGGGUUAUCAUUGGACAUGGUUCAGCAGUAUCAAUGGUGGAGAUCCAUAAUGAAGAACCUGUUGAUAGCAAGGCCGAAAUGGAAGUCCGAUAUGAGCGGCAAGGAUGAUCAUUCAGUAUGAGCGACACAUAUUAGAA